CCGUCCCUUCCCUCCACCUCCACCUCCACCCGCCACUCUUACUCAUCAUUCUCAACUCGGCUGGCUCUGGCAUUGACCCUGAAAAAAAGCUCCAGUGUUUCUUUCUGUGCCGCCGAUCACCCAAGGUGCAGGCGAUGCCGUUUAGCAAGCGGAACCGUUGAACAAUUUAAUUCUUUUGGAAUGGCUGGUUCAACUACAAACAUGUCAGUUCGAAGCUUUAAACAUGUCGCAGCACGAGUGUUUCACCGUGUUGUGGAACUCAUUGCACGCGCUCUGUUCAGUAUUGUUUAUUUUGGAUCCAAAGACAAAGUGUCACCUAUAAACAAUAUGCUUCUUCUUGAAUCUGCAUCUUCUUUAGCAUUUAAAAUUCGUACUCAAAAGGUCACAAGUGUUGAAGUUGUUCAAUCCUUCAUUGACCGCAUCAAUGAAACGAAUCCCAUCAUCAAUGGUGUUGUGGACACUCGGUUCUCUGCUGCACUGGAAGAGGCUAAAGCUGCAGAUGAACUUAUUGCUUCUGGAUUGAAGUCUGAGACAGUUCUUGCUAAGGAAAAACCAUUUUUGGGUGUACCUUUCACAACAAAGGAGUGUCUUCAAUCAGAGGGUUUAUGUCAUUGUGCUGGUCUGUACAAGCGGCGUUGUUUGAAAGGAACAAAAGACGCAGAUGCAGUUGCUCACAUGAAGCGAGCUGGAGCUAUUUUGCUGGCUGUGACAAAUGUCUCUGAAUUGGCUAUGUGGUGGGAAAGCCAUAAUUAUGUUCAUGGCCGUUCUCGAAAUUCUUACGACACCAGUCGAAUUGUUGGAGGUUCUUCUGGCGGAGAGGGCACUGUAUUGUCAGCGGGAGCUUCUCCCAUUGGUAUUGGUUCUGAUAUUGGUGGCUCCAUUCGAAUGCCUGCUUUCUUCAAUGGUAUCUUUGGUCACAAACCUUCAAAAUUCAUAGUUUCCAAUGAAGGACAGUUUCCAUGUCCAAGUGAUGAGGAACAUUCUUCUUUCCUUGGCCUGGGACCUAUGAGCCGAUUCGCGUCUGAUCUACUUCCAACACUGAGGGUUAUUGCAGAUAAAAAUGCCUCAAAGCUUAAGCUGGAUGAAAAGAUUGAUAUGAAAAAAAUCAAAGUAUUUUACGCAGAAGAUGAUGGCGGUUCUUUCCUUAUUAGUCCUGUUGAUCCUGACAUCAAGGCAUCCCUCCGUAAUGUUAUAACAUAUCUAGAGAAAGCGCAUGGUAUUAAAGCACAGAAGGUUUCUCUUGACUUGCUUCGAAUUUCUGGACCCAUUUGGUUGGCUAGAAUGAAGAGCAGAGGCAUCUCCCGAUUUGCUCAGGAACUCUCCAAUAAUGAAGGGAAUUUUAAAGUAGGCUGGGAGUUGGUUAAAUGGCUCCUCUGCAUGUCACGCCAUACUUUAAUUGCUCUCUUCACAGUAAUAAUGGAAGGACUGGGUGAGCCUUAUGGUAGCCCCAAACAUCAACAUCUUGUGGAGAAAAGUAACCAAUUGGAAAUGCAGAUCAAUGAUUUGCUCGGCAAUGAUGGUGUAUUUUUAUACCCAACCCAUCCAACACCUGCUCCAUACCACAACGAACCUCUUAUCAAGCCCUUUAAUUUUUCCUAUUCAGCAAUCUUCAACAUCAUGGGUUUUCCAGCAACUGCAAUUCCUCUUGGGCUUGGAUCUGAAGGUUUACCUAUCGGAAUACAAGCUGUAGGGACCUAUGGCAAUGAUCAUCUAACCAUUGCUAUGGCUGUUGAGUUGGAAAAGGCAUUUGGUGGAUGGGUAGCUCCCUCUGUCAGUGUCUGAUUGUACACUAUUUUGAAUUACCAGAAUGAAAGCUUGGUAUUGUUGAAAUUGUUAGAAUCAAUUCUUCAGUUCAAUGUUAAAGUGAAGUGCCUGUUAAAAUGAAUUCAGCACCAAAUCGAAAUUUGCUGACGUCUCCUGUUACCCACUGUGGAUUGUUUACCUGAGUUUGUUUGUUUUUGUUGUAAUUAAGAGGUUUUUUCAUAUCCAAUGAAUUUUUAAAUGUAUUUUCUUCAAAACCUUUUAAUUUAAUUUUUUUUUGGGGGGGGGGGGAGCAGUUAUUUUUAUUUUGUCACUGUUUUGGUUGUGAUACAUUUAGCUUCUUGUGUGUUUCAUUCCGUUACUAGUAUUGGCUUGAAUUUGGGGGUAUAUAAGUGUUACAUUGUUGACACUGACGUAAGGAACCUGUUGUGUUCUCCAGCUCUGAAAAAAAAAAAAAACAAGUUUCUCAGUCUGAGAUUUUUAUUGUAAGACCUUUGUCAGGCAUUGUUUUCAACGACUUCAUAUUCUUCCUGGUUGCCAAAAGUGAGCCACUCAAUUGUGAUGAAGAAGCACAGAGUUUGCAUUUAUAAAACUAUUUUGGUAUCAUAUAGGACUGUUUAUUGUUCAGAGUUGUUUGUUAAAUGAGAAUGAGCUGAUGAUGGUGUUAAGUGUUUGUUGUAUGAAAAUCUAAAUUAUUAUUAAGAUUUGCUUUUUAAUUUGUUUGCCACAUAGAACAUACAAAAAUGCUUUUCAUUACGCUUAUCAUUAUAUAGGACAGAGUUCCCAAGCUCUGCCCUGUAUUCUCCUUGAUCUGCUGCCAAAACUUGGUUUUUAUUCUAUGCCUGCUUUUCCUUUCUUGCUCAAAGUGCUGUGAUGUGUUAAAGAAUCCUCUUGCCCAUUUAUAACUUGCCUUUUGUAUAUUUGUCUUAAGUAUACUGUAGUUUGUGGUUUCACAUGUUGACUUUCAUUCUUCAAAUCCUUCUUUAAUCAAAGUCUGGGGCACUUCUAUUGUUAGCAGUAUUCUAAAGACCAAAUGUUUGCAGUAUUAUAUUCAUCAUUCUGUUGUACAACUAAUCUAUGAAUUAUGCUUUAUA